AAGGGAGGCGUUGCCGAAGCGUUGCAGCCUUGCAGAUACCGGCAAGCGGGGAGCAGACAGUGUGUGAACAGUCCUCCUCGCCGGGAAGCGGUCGCAGCAUCAUUUUAAUUGUAUCGCUGUUAAUCUUCACGUACUUUGGCGCUGCGGACGUGUGGUCAGGAGGAGAGAUGAUCCACAACGGGCACCACGCAAUGAACCAGCAGGGCAAGGAGACGGGGGCGAACCCGGGCGCUGCAGCGUGCAGUCCCGAGAAACGGAGACGAACAGUCCGGGUGUGGUGUGACGGAUGCUAUGACAUGGUCCACUACGGUCACUCCAACCAGCUGCGUCAGGCCAAGGCCAUGGGCGACUACCUCAUUGUCGGGGUCCACACUGAUGCGGAGAUCUCGAAGCACAAGGGCCCGCCCGUGUUCACGGAGGCCGAACGCUACAAGAUGGUCCGUGCCAUUAAGUGGGUGGAUGAGAUUGUGGAAGGGGCCCCCUACGUCACCACCUUGGAGACCCUGGACAAGUACAACUGUGACUUCUGUGUCCAUGGAGAUGACAUCACUCUAACAGUGGAUGGGAAGGACACAUAUGAAGAAGUGAAGCGGUCAGGUCGAUACAGGGAAUGUAAGCGCACCCAGGGCGUGUCCACCACUGACCUCGUGGGCCGCAUGCUCCUGAUGACCAAAGCCCACCACAGCAACAUCGGAAGCUCAGACUACCAGCAGCAUACUGACAACUUUGGAAAGGGCCCCCAGGGCCACAGUCCCUGGACAGGGGUGUCCCAGUUCCUCCAGACCUCCCGAAAAAUCAUCCAGUUUGCCUCUGGGAAGGAGCCACAGCCUGGCGACACCAUCAUCUACGUGGCUGGGGCCUUUGACCUCUUCCAUAUUGGCCACGUAGAUUUCCUGGAGGCAGUCCACAAGCAGUCAGAGAAGCCGUACAUCAUUGCUGGCCUGCACUUUGACCAGGAGGUGAACCGCUACAAAGGGAAGAACUACCCGAUUAUGAACAUCCAUGAACGGACCCUGAGCGUGCUAGCCUGCAGGUAUGUUUCUGAGGUGGUGAUUGGAGCUCCCUAUGCCGUCACGCAAGACCUGCUGGACCACUUCAAGGUGGACAUGGUGUGCUGUGGAAGGACAGAGGUGUUCCCAGAUAAGGACGGAUCUGAUCCAUAUGCUGAGCCCAAGAAGAGGGGUAUCUUCCGCACCGUGGACAGCGGCAACAAUCUCACCACUGACGACAUUGUGCAGAGAAUAAUCAAAAACCGGCUACAGUUUGAGGCCCGCAACCAGAAGAAGGAAGCAAAGGAGAUGGCGGUGAUCCAGGCUAUGAAGCGCCGUGAGGAAGAGCGGAUGAAGGAACGAGCAAAAGCCAUCUUGUAGGCACCAAGUCCUCUCGAAAGGCCCUCAUACACUGGCAGGGGUCACAUGGGACCAACUAAACCAGGAUACAAAACCAACCCACCUCUCCCCAGGACUCCAAAUCUCUUACUUCCUACUUGACCCCAUGCUUCCCCAACCAAGAGUCUUAAUUUCAGAAGGAUCUGACAUUUUGCAAUGCGCUCUGCAGACCUGUCUCACAUGCAGUUUGUCUCAAACGUGUGAGCAGAACUGGCUGCGUCAUUCUGUUUGAGGCAGUCCUCCAUUUAAGGGGACUGUCAAAAGAAAAGGGUUUACCAGUGCCAGCGCAGUCCCUUCACAGCGAGGGGACCCGAAGCAUAAGGAGCUCUCCCCUGAGAGAGAGGACAUGGUGGCAGUUCACAUUGGUCCCUUACGCACAUGCGUUCUGCUCAUCACGACUAAAGACCUUCACUGAAGGAAUUUGUUGACCUAACUACAAAUUAAUGGCGGUAAUGCUCGAGAGAACGCCGAAGCAGGCGUAGCGGUUGAGAAACUGGAUGUGUGACCAGGGGUUUGUGGCUUCAUUGCAGAAGAGAGGUUUUGCUGCUGCCUCCUUUCAAAGGACGUUCAACAUUGCCUCAGGAAACACGCUAACACUACACAUAGGUAGAGUAUCACAUAUAUUUAAGCUAAUGUAAGUAUAUUCAACGCGGUGUACAGGUCCAUGUCGUCACAGAUGUUAAUUUGUCUAUGGACAGUAGAUUUUAGGAUGAUAUCCUGAGGAAAACUGGUAAAUGCAACGAACGCGCGCCAAAAACAGCGCCGCGUGCGCCACAGAGCAGCGCAGCGCAGCGAUAAAAUGGCAGCUGGAGAGGUGGCAGCGCCGUAUAUGGAAAACGGCGACAAAAGCAAGGCGCAUAGUUCGGGGAAAACCGCGGCUUUGACCGCGUUUCACUGCUGACUUGAUCACGUCUUGCGCUGGGCGACACCAGCCUGUAGCCAAAGCGUCCACCAGAGGGCGAUAUGUGCACACUGCUGGGCGGAGCGCGUGCUCGGCCGCGCCAGUCGCAUUAAUGCGGUUUUAGAUUAAGGUUAAAUUUGAAUUUAAAGCGAUCUCGCAGUAUGCAGUACACUUUUAUUAGGUUGUAUUUUAGCACAUAUACGAAAUACGUGUAUAAUAAGAGCUUAUGUUUUUAACAGAUGUCAUUUUAAGUACAAAAUGGCAAAGUUUUUCUUUAAAAACAACAAUUUCCACCUACAGCAAGAACAGAUCAUAUGUACUUGCACUGCCUCUCGUGUAUUUAUACAUAUAUAUUUUAAUCUGAUGUAGUGUUUGGGCCCCGUGGUUUAUUUUUGAAAUGUCACUUGUUCGUAAAUCUGACUGUUCGGAACUAGAAGUAUUCCGUACAGGUGCUUCCAAUGAAAUGCACUGAAUUCCACCUUUUCCAAGGUAUGUGCUGCUGUUUAUCUGCAUUGCUUGUACUUUUGUGUUGUGUAUCUUGCAUUGCAUUAUAAUUUAGUUUGAAAUGUUACUGAAAUCAGUCUCACUGUAGCAUAUUGGGAAAUACCUGGACUAUACCGAUUUAUAAAUAUAUAUCUAUACAUAUGUAAGACCCACAGACACGGAAAGGCGUGGCUAUACUAAGGAUGUGUAACCCGUGACAAUGAUUCAAUGGACUUUUGAGCUAAAAUGAACCUUUCGACAGGUUAAUAUGUAAUUAUCAUUGUCAUACUCUUGUUAAACCAUAAUCAGUGUUUGAACUUUGCCUUCAUUGUAAAACAGAGACAGUCCAUAACUGGUUUGUUUUUAAUAGCUCCAGUGAUUCUAAAGAACAUUUUUAAUUUCCCCAGUUUAACACACUCCGAAGGCACUUGGAAACUUCUGUAUAUGAUGAACUCAACAAUUAUUCGUUUGUCUUCAACGCUGUGGAAUUUGAUAACAUGAUGAUGAUCAUUGUCAAUAACAAUGUCUUAUAUAUAACCGAAAGUGUUUUCUCUGUGUCUGUGUGUGUGUUUUAAUGACAGUCCUGCGAUUUUAUACAUAUGACAUGUGAACGCCACCCUGUACAGUUGUGCACGGGUGUCCCCGCACCAUGGCAACGUCCUGUGACAACUGUUAAUUCGCGGGCGUCGCCACUAGAGGGCGACACAAUGCAAUAUUUCCCCAGAGCGACAUUUUCUAACGCGUUAUUCUUUUAAACAUGAAUAUUUCUCUCAGAACUGGAAGUAUAAGUAUCCCCGUAUUAUAAAAGCCCCUGAAUCC